AUGGCUACUUCAAAGGUUUCUUUGAAACUUUUAAUACACAAAAAGCAACAACGAGUAUUGUUUGCAGAAGCUGGCAAGGAUUUCAUUGAUUUUUUAUUCAGUCUCCUCGUUUUACCAAUGGGCACCGUGAUCAGACUCUUGGGCGAUCGAGACAUUGUGGGUGGCUUGGCUAAGCUUUACAAAAGCGUCUCAGAUCUGAACAAUGACUACAUACAGCCAAACCAGAAUAAGGACGUCCUCUUAAAACCGAAAUCUUCGGCUCCAUUCUCCUCUCCUAAACUCCCCCUGCUUCCUAGUGAAGCAUUUUCAUCAUCAACCACAUUGUACCAGUGUCGGCAUUGCAACACUCUUUCUACUUAUCCCCGUACUUGUCCGGUUCUAGAUUGUACGCGUACAAUGUACGUCUCGCCGGCCCCGGGUUCUUCAACUGGUCUUUACAAGUGUACGUCUAAAAGCUGCAACAUGCGAUCUACUACUAUUCGCAUGUGUCCGUCUUGUCCCAAUUCAUAUAUUUGCUCUAUUGAUGAUGACUUCAUUUUGAAGUCCGCAGCGGAUGCAAAGCCGGGAGUAGGAUUCGUAAAGGGAUUGGUGACAUACAUGGUGAUGGAUGACCUUGUUGUUUCUCCCAUGUCCACAAUCUCUAACAUCACUUUGCUCAACAAGUUCAACAUCAAGGAUUUGGGUGAUUUACAGGAGAAGGUUGUUAAUAUGGGCAUGAAUGAGGUAUUUCGGUUACAUCUUUUGCUUACUGCUUCCUAG